UGCGGUGAAAUAAAGAAAAUAAUAAGCAAUAGCCAGAGACCAGACGACGCAAACGACGCAGACGACGCAGAAAGCUGAUUAAAGUAACAUGAGUGAAAAAUAACUCCAGAUAGACACCCACACUCAUCCAGACACACACGAACACGCACAUCCGAAAAGGAAAAACCAUGCGAAAUAUCAGAAAUCUCAAGGAUCCCACCGCCAACUGGUGGGGAAUCCCGAUGCUGCUGUUCGUGUUGCUGUGGCUGGUGGCGCCCGGGCAUACGGAAUUGCCCAAAGUCAUUUGUCGCGAUCAUGACACCACCAUCACCUGUGACUGCAAUAACGAGGAGCAGGCCAUGGUGUUGCCUCAGCUGCAUGGUGCCGUCUUUCAGGUGGAGGUGCGCAACUGCCGAGAUCUUGUGGUGGAGGCCUAUGCUCUGACCAAUACCGAGGGUCUGCGCAAGAUCUCUUUCCGCCAGCUGGGCCAGCUGGUGCUGAAGGAGUACGCCUUGAGUGUGUCGCGCUAUGCCAGUAACAAGGCUUUGAUUGUGGAAUUCGAGGCGGUCAAUCUCAGGGUGAUCGAAUCGCACGCCAUCAACGGGAACAUCGAGGAGAUCUCAUUCGUGGGCGGACGGAUCGAUCAGAUGCGUCCGUUUGGUUUUACCACCACCAAAAACAGUGCCAUAUUGCUAAAGAUGGAUGGUGUCACCAUUCAGCGGAUUGAGGGCCAGGCCUUCAAAAAGUUUGCCGUGGAGCAGCUAACAAUCGCCAAUUGCCAGUUCCUGGGUGACCUGCCCACGCGUUCCUUCUACGAACUGGAGGUGCUCAAUGAGCUGAGCAUGCGCAACAAUCGCUUCCAGGUGGUGCACUCGCACGCCUUCUCCUUUAAGCUUGUGUCCAAGCUUAGCCUCAGCGAGAAUCAUUUUGUGGCUGUGGACGGCGAGUGGCUGGAGGCGCAGAUUCGGGAUGCGGUCACGCUGCGUGGCAACGACUUUGGGGCCACCAGCGAAAUAGCCUUCCGCAGCCUGACCGUUCAUCGGAGCUAUCAGCUCAGUGAGCGACUGGAGUUGCGAUUCAACAACAACACCCUGCGCAGUGCCCGCCCUGGGUCGGACCCCACAACAGGCCAGCAGCAGGAUGUGGCAGCAGCAGCACCCCAGCCACUGCGCUUUGACGAGCGCUUUGCGUUGAGUCUGCGUGAGGUGCGCUACGAGAAUGCCUGGAGCUGUGAUCAGCUGGACACAAGCGUGGAGCCGCCACUCCCACGCUCCGACUUCUUUCGCCUGCACAGUGAGCAGCUGCUGUUCCCGCGCAACAACCCAAAUGGGGGCCAGCAGCGCCAGCAGCAGCAGCAGCAGCAGUUUGUGGCACUCCGUCAGCUCAUCCCCGAGCAGUGCCAAGCGACCAGCUAUGUGGCCUACAUUGUGACGGGUAGUGUGCUGCUGGGGCUGCUGCUGCUCAUCCUCCUGCUGCUGGUUUGGUGGCGUCUGGCCCAAAGGCGCAAGCGACGCAAACUGGAUGUGGUGCAGCCGGAGCCGCGAACCUACAAAGAGACACAGAUUGUAUACCAAAUCGAGAAUGCUGGCCUCCUCAAGACUGAUUUGUAGACAAACACACAGACACACAGACACACACACACAAAUACACUCACAUCAGACAGGAUGCACACAGAUACACAGAAACACAGAGCUGAAUAGAAGCUAGAGAAGCGGUAGAAAGCGCACCACCCUGGAAUCACACACUGAACCACCAAUCCACCAAUAAGUGACCUUUUGUUGUACCAAAACCAUAGCUUAAAACUUAGUCCUUAAAAACCUACACAUAAAUACUACGUACAUAUAUAUAAUAAUAAUUAUUAUAUUCAUAAUCAUUGUCAAUUGUAAGUCGCCCUGUAAAUAGCUACUGUAGAUCGGGGGAAGGGAUGGGACGGGAUGCAGCAUCCAACCACACAAAUACAUACAUAUGUACGAGCAUAUUGAAUAAAUCGAGCAUCAUGUGCUGCGAUUAACGAUGA